CAACCUGUCAAUCAAUGUGUCUCCCCGCAGGGUUCAGGCGCAGCGAGAGUCUCUCCGAGAAGCAGGUGAAGGAGGCCAAGUCCAAAUGUAAGCGGAUCGCCCUUCUCCUUAGUGCCGCGCAGCCCAACCCGAACAACAAGGGCCUGUUGAUGUUCAAGAAACACCGUCAGAGAGCGAAAAAGUACACCUUGGUGAGCUACGGCACGGGAGAGGACAAGCGAGACGACAGCACAGAGGAGGAGGACGACGACAGCACCCAGGGUGGAGUUCAUGUUCUAGAGUUCACGCUCGCUGAUCAAGACCGGUCGGAUUUAGAGACGCAUUUCCUCACGAAUGCCCGCAGUGGCAAAGGCGUACUGACGAUCUGCUUGGAUAAAAGCCUACUUGACGUUGAGCAGAAGCAAAGUCCGAUGGAGUGUUUGCCCGAAACCAAGGGCAAAGGCGCCCUCAUGUUCGCCCAGAGGCGCCAGCGAAUGGACGAGAUUGCGGCCGAGCACGAAGAGCUGCGGCGCCAGGGGAUGCCCGUGGAAGGGGCACAGAAAGUGGAAGCGGCUUACACGCAGCCCGCCGUGGAGAACCACGCGUACAUGGAUGUGAACCAGCAGCAGCAAUACCAGCAAUACCAGCAGCAGCAGCAGCAGUACCAACAACAACAGCAUUACCAACAGUAUCAGCAGCAGUCGUACGAGCAACAGCAAACGUAUCACCAAGGUCAGCACGGCCCCGUGCAACAUCAAAGCCACGAAGCGCAGCGUUCUCUCGGCAAUCGCACCGCAAAGCCCUUUUUGGUUCAGAACAUGGCGGCGACACCGUACUCUCCUGCAAUGACUGGGACUAAUCAAGGCCAAGGAGAGCAGAUCGCCUCCCGUGAUGAGCGCAUUGCCACCCCGGCGAUCAGGUCGGGCCUUCUGGAUUCAAAGAGGAGAAAUGUUGCCAAGCCCAUGUUCACGUUUAAAGAGACACCAAAGAUGUCACCGAAUCCUGAUCUGCUGAACCUACUCAACAUGAGUUCCAAGAAGAUGGGUUUCGAGUCAGGACCCGAGGAAGACUACCUCAGCCUUGGCGCUGAGGCUUGUAAUUUCCUCCAGUCCUCACGGUCGAAACACAAGACUCCUCCGCCGGUGGCCCCAAAGCCUGUGAUAGAUCCCAGCUCUGCCCCCUGGUCUCCACAGAUGGAAGUAACCAACCAGGACAUGCCUCAGCAUGCCGAAAAUAGUGCACCCACACCUGCUGUCGCCCCCACCGCAGUGACCACC